ACUAUAGCUAAGUUGCAUAAAGAAUUGGAAAAUCUUAAUAUUCUUGUUGAUAAAAACAUAUCCCGAAGUGAAUUAAUAAAAAUUUUGAAAACAAAUCUAUGUCUAGAAACUUUAGACAAUUUAGAAAAUAAUAAUAUUAGCACCAUAGAGAAUACAAUAGCCGAAAAUACUGAUUUGAUGGAUGUUGAUAA